CACCCUGAGGUCACAAUUGACGCAAUCCCAUUCUUUCGAUAAUCCCAAACCAACAACCCCGUAAUCCCCYUCUAAAUAAAACCCGUCUSGACUUUGAGGUUAUGCUYAGAACCAUGUCCGAAAUCGAUGUAAAACUCGGUUUACGAAAAGUGCUCGAAAACAUCGAACGAGCUAGUCUUAAAACGCCUCAAGAGUUGAGGUGUAAGCCCCCACGUCUGGUGGCUGUGUCUAAGACCAAGCCGGUUGAGUUGAUUGUGGACGCUUACGAGGCCGGGCAGAGACACUUUGGGGAGAAUUACGUGCAAGAGUUGGAGGAGAAGUCCCACCACCCCCUUAUUUUAGAAAAAUGUAAAGACAUCAAGUGGCACUUUAUCGGGCAUUUGCAGACGAAUAAAAUUAACAAAGUCUUGUCGACGCCCAAUUUGCACAUGGUUGAGACCGURCAUUCGCAGAAAUUAGCCGCGAAUUUGAAUAAGAGUUGGCCCAAGUUUGGGCCCCCUGACUCCAAGUUGAACGUCAUGGUCCAGGUUAACACGAGUGCAGAGGAGGAAAAAAGCGGGGUUGAGCCAAGUGAAGUGGUGGACUUGACAAAAUUCGUCUUGAGUGAGUGUCCAAACUUGCAUUUGGAGGGGUUAAUGACCAUUGGAAAGUUCGGAUAUGACAUCAGGAAUGGCCCCAAUCCCGAUUUCCUCACUUUAAGGGCUUGCAGAGACAGAGUGUGUCAAGAGCUGGGGCUUGACUGGAAAACCAUCGAAUUAUCAAUGGGMAUGUCCGAUGGUUAUGAACACGCUAUUGAAUUGGGGAGCACGAAUGUGAGGGUCGGGACGGCUAUUUUCGGAGAAAGGGCGAAAAAACAGUGAAGAUUGGUGUAAAAAUCUAAUUAAUAAAUGUUAUUGUUGUUUUUA